GUCAGGCCGUUCCUGCAGGGUCCCAUGUACGAUUAAAUCUGCAGACGGGAGACAGAGAAGCCAAGCUCCCAGACAGCGAAAAUGGAAAAAGCGACACGAGAGAAGAGAGAAGAAGGAAAAGGCUGGGCAGGGUGGAUGUUGACUCAAACUCAUUCACAUCCCAGGAGCUCAAAAAGGCGUUGGCUAAAAUGAAGGAAAGUGAGAAGGCAGAAAGAAAGGCCCACGAGGAAGAGGUGAGGAAGAAGUUCCGACCCAUAGAGGAGCUGAAGGAGGAGUUUGAAAAGAUGAAUGUGAAGAUGGAAACAGAUUAUGAAAUUAUGGUUAAAUUAAUCAGCAAAUUCAACAGCUCCGCCUCCACGCUGGAUGAAAAAGUAGCAGCGCUUUAUGAUCUUGAAUAUUAUGUUCACCAGGUGGACAAUGCCAAGGACUUCCUCUCCAUGGGUGGACUCCAGCUUGUGAUCGACGGGCUGAACAGCACCGAGGCCGUGCUGAAGGAGCACGCUGCCUUCGUCCUGGGAGCUGCGCUUUCUGCCUCCCCUCUCCUCUUGGCAGCCCUCUCGGGGGGAGAUCUUGAGGAUG